CGAGUGUAUUGAAAAAUUGAUUUUAUUUGUGAUUCACUCCUUAAUGGUACAUGCUGUAUAUCGAGUAUGGCCGCGGCUUCCUUUCGCAUUCAUACCUUUGUUACCUUGCAUUGAACAGACAGGGGUGAAGUCUUUUGUGGUGGUGUUCCAAUUCAGAAAUGUAUUCAUUCCUUUGCUUCUGACUGCUCUUGAUUAUCAACCAUAUUUUCUUGGUUGCUACUUUACUCAUCUCAGGAAAUGCCACCUUCUUUGUUUAGGAUGAGCGGAGUUCGAGAGACCGAAUGUGGUUAUGAAGAGAGGGAUCAGGG